AACCGGGGCGUCCGCAACCCCAACCUCAACCAGAACCCCUUGAUCAAUGUGCGCGAUCGCCUCUUCCACGCGCUCUUCUUCAAGAUGGCAGUGACCUACGCUCGCCUCUUCCCACCCUCCUUCCGCCGCGUCUUCGAGUUCUUCGUCCUCCUCAAGGCUCUCUUUGUGCUCUUCAUCCUGGCCUACAUCCACAUCGCCUUCUCCCGCUCGCCCAUCAACUGCCUGGAGCACGUGCGGGAGCAGUGGCCGCGGGACGGCAUCCUGCGCGUGGAGAUCCAGCGCAACUCCAGCAGGGCCCCCAUCUUCCUGCAGUUCUGCGGCGGGGAGAAGCUCCCGGGCGUGGUGGUUGAGCCCACGGCUGAGGAGGAGGAGGAGGAAGAGGAGGAAAUGUCUGUGGAUAUGUUUGAAAACAGCUCUGUCAAG